ACAUCGAACAUCGAUGGUAUAUCGAUAUUUCUUCUUCUUGCCAAAACAAUUGCCAGUUCCUGCUGUUUUGCUGUUUUUCUUCAGAAGUUGUGACAAAAAUUAGGCAAAAACUCGGUCAAAUAUGGUUAGGGAACGGCUGCAACAAAUGGAGCAUCCUCGGGACACCGCAUAGAUCUGGCAUCGAGCAGCUGGUGGCUCUGCAGGUGCCAUUUUCCACUGGUGCACUGGUGCACCGCACUGCUAUCAACUAUAGUCAGCAUGCAUCUGCCAAAUCAAAGCGAUCCUAUAUUUAGAGCAUGACUCACCUUCACUGAGCAAGGAGAUCAACAGUGCAAGAUUAUUAAAAGGAAACCUGCGAUCGAUUCCGAGCCCACCGGAUGUCCAAGUAUCCGAGCACCCAGAGAGAUGCCUUCCCGCCAGAACUGCCAGCAGUAGCCCGGAAUAGCCGGGAGCCACGCAAGCCGCAGCACGGUAUCAAGCAACGCGAGCCUUUGGUCUUUUUCAUCAUGCGUCUGAACCUGAAAGCCGUGCUGCUCAUCCUCAUUGUGGCCGUGGUGGUAAUAACCCUGGGCGUGUACAUGCGAUGUGCCGCCUUCUCCUUCUCACCGGACUUUGUGCGCACGCUGGACCGGCCGUCAGCCAGGCAGGCCUCUGGCAGUGGCGAUGCCACCGUUCUGCAGGACAUCGAGUGCUCCAUUAACCAGGAGUACAGCGUGCACUGCAAGCGAGACGAGAACGCAAACGAGGUGUACUUGCCCUUCUCCUUCCUGCGAAACUACUUUGAGGUAAGCGGAGCCGUCUCCACCAGCGGCAGCGAGGUGGCCAAGUUCAACUGGAUGCACAGCACGGCCAAGGUGAACCUGCCCAGGGGCAAGUACGACGCGCGCGGCGUAUUCAUGUACUUCGAGAACUACAACGUAGAAGUACGCGACCGGGUGAAGUGUAUCAGCGCUGCCGAGGGCGUGCCGGUUAGCACGCAGUGGGAGAAGCGAGGCUACUUCUACCCCACGCAGAUAGCCCAGUUCGCACUGUCGCACUAUAGCAAGAACCUUACGGAGCCAGCGCCGCGGAUCCGGGUCCUCGAGGACGCCGAUGCCAACCAGAUGGACUGGAGCACCCCCAAAACGAGCAACAUGACACGCAUCUGGCACCACAAGUUCAACACCAGCGUGGUCCAGUUCGAGACCGCGCCCGGCUUUGAGGGCGCCAUUAGCAUCGCCCUCAACCAGACCCUGGACUUGCUGCUUAGUGUGGACUUGCUGUUGGUGACCAAUAGCAGCAGCCUCAUGGUCACCGUCCAAAACCGCGACACGCGGCAUUGUUACAACCUCCACUACAUACCCGCCGAUCUGCUGCUCAGCGUGCAGGACUCUAACAUAUACUAUGGCCUUGGCGGGUCGGCGCUAAACAAAUGGCGGCACAUCACACGGGACCUGCACAUCGACGUCCAGAAGGGCAUCGUCCUGGGGGACAAGCGGUCGCCACUAAAAAUACGACGCUCAGACCUGGAGGUCCUUUCUAUCGGUUUCCUAGGCCUGGGUUUCUACGACAACAUAACGCUUUCUACCAGCGACCAUCUCGCGCACUUUUACGAUGCAGCAGAGUGGUUCGUCCAUAACCAGGAUCCCAAGACGGGUGGCUGGACCAAUCCCGUGCGUCGCAGCCUCAACGGAUUCGCCGAGCUGCGUCCGGGAUGGAUCUCGGCAAUGGGACAGGGCCACGCCAUAUCUGUGCUGGCCAGAGCCUACUGGCAUUCAGGCGGAGAUGAGCGCUACCUACGUGCGGCGGCGGCAGGCCUUCAACCAUACAGGGUAUUUUCACGGGACGGCGGCGUUCUGGCACAGUUCAUGGACAAAUUUUACUGGUACGAGGAGUACCCCACAACGCCACCCUCUUACGUGCUCAACGGAUUUAUUUACUCACUGCUCGGCCUGUACGAUCUCAACAGCACCGCGCCCGUUAAGAUCGCACGAGAAGCUGGCAAACUGUUUGCCCAGGGCAUGUACUCCCUGAAGAAGAUGCUGCUGUUGUACGACACGGGCUCCGGGACCAGCUACGACCUUCGUCACCUAAGCCUGGGCGUGGCCCCAAACCUGGCCCGCUGGGACUAUCAUGCAACGCACGUUAACCAGCUCCUUUUGCUGGCCACCAUCGACAGCGAUCCGCUGAUUGCGCAAACAGCAGAACGCUGGAAGGGCUAUAUGUUUGGCAGACGGGCCAAGCACAACUGAGAACUAAGGAAACUGGCGGCAUACCGUCGUCGAAAAAGUGAUAUUUUGUAAGGCUUUUUGUAAGACAUUGUGUAUGCUUGACCAUUCUAAAUGGUUGCAUUGGGGUGUCACUUAAUUUUCCGGCCCGGAAUUGAUUCCGUGGUUUUAUUUUAUUAUUUCCGAACCUCGUACUUGCUAGCUUGUCUGGCUAGGCGUCUAGGGUUAAGCUAUUGUACCUUUAUCUUCAAUUGCCUAUUAUUCAGCUGUUGGCCACUUGUCUUUAGCAUUUGUUAGUCCCCAAUUUAUAGGCUAAUUGUUUUGGCGAAAAUAUGUAGUUGCACCCGCGCUCACUGGACAAUAUUGAGAAAUUAACAAGAAGUAACUUACAUUUAACACUAAACACCUAUUGUUGUUUUUACAGCGCAAAACUAAGUAGCGUUCGCUAUACUCCACAAAGACCUUAUAAUAACCAUGCCCUUACAAUUGAAUUGCCAUAUGCAAGCAGUUUUUCUGAGCCAUCACGAAAAGUUCGUGUGCACGGCGUUACUAUCUUCGCAUUAUAAGGUCUUUGUCACAACCCUGUAUAAAGUACUGUAGCGAGCUUAGAAUAAUAGUUGGAGUUUGAGCCCAAGUAGCGUCUGUUAUAUGCAUAUGUAUACACCCUCCCCAGUAGAGAUAGUCGUAACGUUCCCACUCAAACUAACUGCCCCAAGAGCCCCAAAAAAUACUUACAUAGGUAAAGAUAACGAUGCACGAUAAUAACAAUUUCUAUUUACGGUAAGCAUGUAAUGUAAUGUAAUGUACUGUAGCGCGUAGGCAACCUGCGGAGGGUACUCUCCUGUAUUUCUCUCAACUUAAACGAUGCCAUUCCAAACUUAACUUUAGUUUACCAUCUGUCAAUUAAGAGUACUAAUAUAUCAUUUGAGUUUGAAUGUAAUCUACGAAUCCGUUAUCUCUGUUGCUUCUACUGACCCAAAACGAGACUGUUCACGAAUAUUAAUUUUUAGUAUUGUGUUAAAAGAAUCGACAUAUUAAAGUACUUAAUUUUAUGUUCUUUGUACACGUCGUGUAUUACAAA